AUGAGUGCGGACGGUCGACCAGUUCGUGUCCUGCCGAAAUUGGACCCUGGAGCUCCUCACAAUUUCAUCGCGCCCGUCAAGAGAAUCCACGAUGGCCAAGAUGUGUCGGACUUCCUCUCCUCAAAAGCCUACACGGAUAUUAUGACCUUUUUGCUCCAGUUGAACCGAUCAAUGUUCCCUACGAAAAUUCCAGACGGUGCUGCUCAAACAUGGCCGCUGGGCACCGAUGCAGUGCAAUUCUCCGCUCCCGUCCGACAGCUGCAGGGCCUCCUUUCGAAGCUCGAGGAUAUUGUAGAGGAGGUUCCGCCGGACACUGGGCCACGGCGAUUUGGAAACAUCAGCUUCAGGAAGUGGCAUGAAGUUCUGGAGACCCGAGCUUCCGACUUGCUCAGGGAAUUUCUGCCCGCAGAGCUCUUAGAUAUGCCCUCUGCCGAUGCCGACGGUCCCACCGCAGAAUCGGAGUUGAAGGCCUACUUCCUGGGCAGCUGGGGCAGUGGUCUGAGAUUGGACUACGGUACCGGCCAUGAGUUGAGCUUCAUCGCCUUCCUGGCGGCAAUUUGGAAACUUAAUGGAUUCCCUAAAGCCGACUUUGGAGUCGAGGAGAGAGCCAUCGUACUUGGCGUGAUAGAACCAUACCUGGAACUCAUCAGAACCCUGAUCAGAACAUACUCUCUUGAACCCGCUGGCUCCCAUGGAGUCUGGGGACUUGACGAUCACUCAUUCGUUCCCUAUAUCCUGGGAUCGGCUCAAUUCUCACCGGCCAUUAACGAAUCCGACUUAACUCCAGAAGAGGGCUCAUUGCCGGAUGCACCCGAUCCAGCCGGAAUUACCAAGACAAAUAUUGUGGAACGAGAGAGGAAAACAAAUUUAUACUUCUCAGCCAUUGGAUUCAUCUAUGAUGUCAAGAAAGGCCCAUUCUGGGAACAUAGUCCGAUGCUGUAUGACAUUUCAGGGAUUCGAGCUGGCUGGGGCAAGAUAAAUAAGGGCAUGGUAAAAAUGUUCAGCGCAGAGGUUCUAUCGAAAUUCCCGGUCGUGCAGCAUUUCCCAUUCGGAUCCCUUUUCAGCUUCGACCGUGACCCUAACGCUAUUCCUCCCCCUACGACUGUUCACGCAACCUCUGGUCCACAGGGCCGCCCGGCCGUUCCAGAUGCUGGCCACGGUCCUACAGCUCGGCCGAACGUAGACGCGGGGACCAAAGCACCGUGGGCAACCGCCGGGGCUGGCACUCGGGCACCCCCAAUGGGACCAACAGCAGCACCAUGGGCUACAGCAAGGCCGGGCCCCGGAUCAACUAUGACGCUACCGGAUACUUCACAGAUGCCUCCAGGUCCAAUGGCCCCUACCAGAGCUCCCUGGGCAAGUACACAAGCUCCGCCGCCACCCGGCGGGGAUGCGCCUACGAAGGCACCCUGGGCGAAAUAA